CCAGCUGUUGCUGUGCGUCGGCUCGUGAUCGGGGAGGCGACAUGGCGAGUGUCGGCGAGCCGCUGGGCGCCACUCUGGAGAGUCGCUGAGCCGGCGGGGCCGGGUGGGUGGUUCGGAUGCGGAGCGUUGAGGAUGAGCCAAAGUGAUGCUGGCGGAGAGGGAUCCACCAUCGCCCCUCUCUGCGCCUCCUUCAACCAGGACUGCACGUCUUUGGCAGUCGGUACAAGCUCUGGUUAUAAACUUUUCUCUCUGGCUUCAGUGGACGGAUUAGAAGAAAUCUACAGAUGCACGGACACGCCCGACGUGUACAUCGUGGAGCGGCUGUUCUCCAGCAGCCUGGUCGUCAUCGUCAGCCUCUCCACACCACGCAGGAUGAACGUUUAUCAUUUCAAGAAAGGCACAGAGAUUUGCAAUUACAGUUAUUCCAACACCAUCCUCACCGUUAGGCUCAACCGACAGAGGUUGGUAGUUUGCUUGGAAGAGUCCAUUUACAUUCACAACAUCAAGGAUUUAAAAUUGCUGAAAACCAUUCAAGAUAUACCAGUAAACCGCACAGGUCUCUGUGCACUUUCCAUCAAUCAUUCCAACUCAUACUUGGCAUAUCCUGGCAAUGCCACAAUAGGAGAAAUAGUGAUUUACGAUGCAAAUAACCUGCACAAUGUUUCUGUAAUCCCUGCACACGAUGGGCCACUUGCGGCACUGGCGUUCAACUUCUCAGGUUCAAAACUGGCAAGUGCCUCAGAAAAGGGUACAGUUAUUCGUGUCUUUUCCACCCCUGAGGGAGAGAAACUCUAUGAAUUCAGGAGAGGAAUGAAAAGGUAUGUAAAUAUUGGCUCGCUGGCAUUCAGCAAAGAUUCCCAGUUCUUGUCAGCAUCGAGUAAUACUGAAACGAUUCAUAUCUUCAAGCUUGAACAGCCCAGCCAAAGGCCCCAGGAUGAGUCUCCAUCAUGGAGUGGAUAUAUGGGGAAGAUGUUUAUGGCAGCCACCAACUACCUCCCUACCCAGAUGUCGGAUAUCAUAAACCAGGAUCGAGCAUUCGCCACAGUACGUCUCAAUUUCUCUGGACAAAGAAGCAUCUGCACUCUUACCAUAAUUCAGAAGUUACCUCGACUGCUUGUUGCUGCCUCAGAUGGAUUCCUCUACAUUUAUAACUUGGACCCUCAUGAUGGUGGAGAGUGCAUUCUAAUGAAGAAACAUAGGCUACACAAUGAAGAUGACAGCUGUGGUUCUGAUAAAUCUGACCUGGCGCCUUCCAUCUCUCCAACAUAUGCAGCAACUGUUGCCAAAACCAGUUCAAUGCCUUCAGCAUCAACAGCAUCAGGAUAUUCCGAAGAAGGUGGUGCCCUGCGUGGCGAGAUCAUUCCUGAGCAUGAGUUUGCUGCUGGAACAUUGCAUCUGGAUGAUGAGACUGAGUUCCCUCCUAUUUAUUCAAGCCGGGGGAAGCCAGAGUGAAAAGACGAAGAAAUUGUGAGCCUGAAAAAAACAGAAUUAGUAUCGUGAGUGAAGAUAGAGAUUAUAAACAGCACGAUUUGAAGAAUGAAGAGCCUGAAAUUGGUACGCAUGAAUUGGAAUCAUACUAAUAUUCUGCAUUUAAAAUUUUGUUUUAAAAAAAAAGAGCAAAACAAAAUUCCAACAUUUUAACCUUGCAUCUGUCACCAGCUUUAGUUACUGUAGAGGAGCCAGAAUGGGUGUGUUGCAAGGAAGAGCACAUGACUGAACUAAUCAAGAUUAGCAAUGCCAAACUGUAAAGAAAAAUUCUCUCUCUCUCUCUCUUAGUAUGGGUAUUUAAAGUUAUUAUUAUAAAAAGUUUUAUAACACAGCAUUUACUUUUGAAAAUGUCGUCCAGCAUGUAUUUUAUUAUGUAUAUAUCUUAAACACAUAUAAAUAUAGCAAUUAGUCUACUCAGGCGAUGUUGUCUCACAGCCAAGCAAGCUGCCCAGAAUGGUGGUCGAAAAUGUUAACAUGUUGAAUGAAGUUGCACAAAACUGUAAUGUUCACCAAAUAAUGUAGUAAUAGCCAUAAUAAAGUAUUGCAAUAUACAUUG